AAUAUAUUAGUGCAGUGACUUUUCAGUUAAGGUGAAAAUUAAAUAAGUGCAGUGAAAAAAAAUGGCUCGUACAAAACAAACAGCCCGUAAAUCGACUGGUGGUAAAGCACCACGCAAGCAAUUGGCAACCAAAGCAGCUCGUAAAAGUGCUCCGGCAACUGGUGGUGUAAAGAAACCUCAUCGUUAUCGCCCCGAUACAGUUGCAUUACGAGAAAUUCGUCGUUACCAAAAAAGUACUGAAUUAUUAAUCCGAAAAUUGCCAUUCCAACGUUUGGUUCGAGAAAUUGCUCAAGAUUUCAAAACAGAUUUACGUUUCCAAAGUUCUGCUGUUAUGGCUCUACAGGAAGCAAGUGAAGCAUAUUUGGUUGGUCUGUUUGAGGAUACAAAUUUGUGCGCCAUUCAUGCAAAGCGUGUCACAAUUAUGCCAAAAGAUAUUCAAUUGGCCAGACGUAUUCGUGGAGAACGUGCUUAAUUGAUUUGAAGAAGAUAAAUAUCCAAACGGUCCUUUUCAGGA